GAAGUAGAAAGAGCAUCCAAGCUUUUCAAGACCGUUGGUCUGGGCAAGAAAAUAGCCCGAGUCGAAUCAUUCGAGGAUGACAUCGUAUACUCCGGUACUACUCACGCAGAAUUCGCUCGUGAAUUGACUGGAAGAACGAUAGAUAAUGUCGGACGUUACGGAAAAGUUUUCUAUCUCGAAUUGAGCGGUGAAGGUCGAAUGCCCGUCAUGCACUUUGGCAUGACAGGAAUGCUGCAGGUCAAAGGACAAAUGGCGACAUAUUAUAGAGAAACACCAAGGACGGCUUCGACAGACUGGCCUCCCCGUUUCGUCAAAUUCAUACUACACCUAGAAACCGUGUCUGAUGCCAGUCCGACAGAUGUCAUAGAGCUAGCUUUCCUAGAUGCUCGUAGGCUGGGUCGAAUCCGUCUAUGUUCCUCGCCAACAAAAGAACCGCCAAUCUCUGAGCUGGGAUUCGACCCAAUUCUGUCUAUGCCACCCCUGGAAGAAUUCCUCAGGCUUGUUGUGAAACGAUCUUGCCCAAUCAAAGCGCUGCUUCUGGACCAAUCCUUUAGCGCCGGCGUUGGUAACUGGGUAGCUGAUGAGAUACUUUAUCAUUCUCACGUCCACCCAGAGCAAAGGUGCAACACCUUGACGAAGGAGCAAGUGAUGGCACUGCGUGAAAAGAUGUCUUAUGUUUGUGAAACAGCAGUCGAAGCGAACGCAGAUGACACAAAAUUUCCUGAUAAUUGGCUUUUUAAACAUCGUUGGGGUAAAGGCAAGAAAGUUUCUCAUAAUUUGGCACUGGUAGGCCUAGAACUCCUAUGUUGCAAAUACAAUCAUCCGUCUGGUGAACCUGCCACAAUCAAAUGGAUAACGGUAGGUGGUCGCACUUCCGCAUUUGUGCUUGAACUUCAGAAUGUUCCUUCUGGACUUGCGACAAGCAGGAAGAGAGCCCAAAGACGGGAAAAAGUUCGUGCAUGCCCUUGCGUCACUUGUGAUGUGUUCACCUUUUUAUCUAUCCAGAAAACGAAGGUGGAGGAUGACAGCGACUUGCCCCCCUUAACAGAAUCAGAGUCUGAAGAGCCUCCAACGAAACGUUUGGUAUGCUAUAUUCGUCGUAAUGUGAAUGAUGCUAACACCGUCUUAUUAGACUCGAUCUCGUAA